AUGGCUGUUAACUCUAUUUCUUCCAUUCAAAUCCCAGUUCAGAAAUAUGGAUCAUUUGUGAAGUACCCAGACAAAAAAUUUAUGUGGAAACGAAGCUAUGUCCCUCUCAAAAGGGCAUCGGUACUCAGGAUCACAGCAUCCAUCAAGAACAAGGUGUAUGAAGAUCGUUCUGAGGGCAUAGUGUGCUACCAAGAUGAGCGAGGGGAAAUCAUUUGCGAAGGGUAUGAUGAAGGACCAUGUUUUCAAAGAAUUCCAGACCCCACCAAUCAUCCAAGAGAGACUCAAAUCACGAAUCUUCUUCUUCGACAAAGUUGGAUUCAGAUUGUGAAAGGAGAGAACUCCAAUGAUGGUGGUGGUGUUGAAGGACGUCUGAAAAAGGACUUAAACUGCGUGAAACGGUGUCGGAAUCGAAUUUGUUGUGUUGUAGUGGGAAAGGGUAGAUCAAGGAUGUGGUGGAGAUCAGCAUCAUUCAUCAUGGACAGGCAGCAGAACGAAGCUGCGUUCAAGGGGGACACCAUCGCUCCUAUCGACUCAUCAAUAUCAAACCCUAACCCCAAUCCCAACCCCAACCCUAAGACCUCUGCCUACUAUGAGACUAGAGCAGCGCACCACGGCGUCGUCACCAGCGACUGGCUGGCUCAGGCUCAGGCGGCCAUUGGGCCGGACCCUGACCCUCUACCACAACCCAGGCUCGAUCCUGACAAGCCCUUCAGCGUCAUCAACGAGUUUAAUAACUGGAGGAAACAGCCCCAUUUGGCGGAGGCCGUCGCCGCCAUUCGCGCCUUGGCCGCCGUCAUAAGGUCCAGCCAGGCUACCACCAUGAUGCAGCUGGAAAUCGAGCUGAAGAAGGCGUCCGAUACUCUCAAGUCGUGGGAUACGACCUCUAUCUCUUUGACAGCGGGCUGUGAUCUCUUUAUGCGAUAUGUCACUCGAACUUCUGCUUUAGAAUAUGAAGACUUCAAUUCCGCUAAAUCUCGCUUGAUUGAGCGUGCUGAGAAGUUUGGCGAAAUCUCCUACAAGGCCCGCAAAGUUAUUGCAAUGUUGAGUCAGGAUUUUAUAUUUGAUGGUUGUACAAUUUUGGUUCAUGGUUUUUCCAGAGUUGUCUUUGAAGUCCUCAAAUUGGCAGCACAAAACAAGAAAUUAUUUCGGGUCUUCUGCACAGAGGGAAGACCAGAUCGAACAGGAUUGCGGUUGUCCAAUGAGCUGGCCAAGCUUGAUGUUCCUGUGAAGCUACUAAUAGACUCUGCUGUGGCAUAUACUAUGGAUGAGGUGGACAUGGUUUUUGUAGGUGCAGAUGGAGUUGUCGAGAGCGGGGGCAUAAUCAACAUGAUGGGGACCUACCAAAUUGCAUUGGUUGCUCACGGUAUGAAUAAACCAGUUUAUGUCGCUGCUGAAAGCUACAAGUUUGCGCGCCUUUACCCUCUUGACCAAAAGGAUUUAGCCCCUGCUUUACGCCCUAUUGAUUUUGGUGUACCUAUUCCGUCCAAGGUCGAGGUUGAACAAUCCGCGCGGGACUACACCCCUCCUCAGUACCUGACUCUGCUUUUCACAGAUUUAGGUGUUCUUACUCCAUCUGUUGUUAGUGAUGAGCUGAUCCAGCUAUACUUAUAA